AUGUCGCCAAAGGAAAAUGAUAAACAUGAUGAGAUGAUAGAUGAGAUGAGACGACUUCAAGUAAGUGAUGAUACUUCACAAGAGUUGAUUGUUAUUCAACAUGUUCCUCUUGACAGGGAAAACAUUGUCCGUGGAAUUUUAGAUAUGACGCUGAAUGCAUAUGCUAAACAACGCAAGCAGUACCAUAUAUCGAAUAUUUCUGGCAAGGCUGCGUUAAACGAGGCAGGGGAUAAACUAUUAUUUUUUAAUAUAAUGCAGAAUGUUAUCACUUUAAUGGGAGAAAAUAAUAAACUUUUUCUAAAGGAGGAAUUUGAAGUAAAUAAAAAAAGAAAAACCCGUGCUGAUCUUGUUUUAAUGGAUGAAAAUAAUAAGAACAUUCUUCUUAUUAUAGAGAUGAAGACUGUUCAGAUUCAGUAUCUUAUUCCUCUUCGAAAUGACUCUGAUAUCACUCACUCCGAAAAAGUUGUGCGUCGAGUUAUUGAAGAGGAGUUUGUAAAGAAAGAAUGUGGUCCCGAUUGGAACGAAUUAAAAUCAUUUCAUCGUGUUGAAAAGUAUUGUAAAAUUUAUCAACAAGAUGUUCAAUCAAAUAACAGUACUGGUUCUGACUUAAAUGGUUCUCCAAGAGGACGUUCGAUUGAUGUGAUCUUUCGUGAGGCACGGGAACAGCUUCAAGGAUAUUGUGAAGAUGCUAAAAAAGAAUAUUCUGGAGUAGAUGAGGCGAUUAAAAUGGUUUUAUGCACAGUUGGGCCUUUUAUUUACAAGGUGUACAUCUAA